AUGCGUGCGAAGUCGCGAAGCAGAGCUGCUUCCGCCACGUCGCGUGUUACAUCGUCUGGCUUGCCAAGUUCAGCCGCACGAGUCGCCUCACCGACUUUUGCUUCGCAACAUCUACCGGCCUACCUCUUGACCGCUGCUACCGACGACGACGUCGACGAACCUGACACUCACACAUCCGGCGCAAUGGAGACACUACGAAGACUCGCUGAAACCGAGUUCAUUCAUUAUGAUAAGUUUGAAGAACACGUAGGUCCUCAGUUGCGGCUUAUCGAAAUCCAUGCCGACUCGUCUGGCACCACAAGCUACAUCAAUGAGAACCUGACGGAAGGCGACUUGCUAAGUCGGCUUGUGUCAUCUGAAGCAAGCAGUUCUCGCGCUGUGGAUGCUUCGUGCCAGCUUGUCACGAUGAGAACCAGCAGCCGUGGUACGGCCACUGAAGGAGUGGGCAUGUCCAAGGCAGGCUUCCUUCAGCUGAUCGACGCUUUCCAAAUCGACAGAUGUAUUCUGCAACUUGUCCAACUCAACUCUUACGGUCUCCAUAUGUUCAGUAAUGGACACGAUGGAUGCACGUACUUCGUCGCGGAUAUGCGCUACGAGCUAUUCUGGUCGUUCGAUCCGACAACCAUGAGAACCAGGGGUAUUCUGAUCGUCCGACGUCCUGAUGAUCGCUAUUUCGGUGCAAAGUACUUCGGCCGAGCACUGGAAAAACUGGUCAGCUCGGUGAAGCAGCAAAGCGCUCACAUUUUCAAUCCAUACAUGCUGCUCUUCGUCGCUCUGGUGGACCUGGCCUCUUGGGUCGAAGAAUCGCGGUACGGAGAGUGGAAGCGUAUCAUCGACUUUGAGCACACGACUGGGUACGGGCCUUAUGGCGGGCUUUCGAAUGGGAAGGCGGAGCUGCCUAUUGAUCACAUAACGUCGACUGCUAAAGCCAUCGAGGCCACAUCCGUCCACUUUGCCAGAUUUCAAAGGCACAUGGACAUCAUUGACGCGUUGAUAGCCGAACUGGAAGACGGCAGUACCUGGCGCAAUUGGUUCCAACAUCCCACAGCAAAGCGGCAACUUGAACUAUGUGAAAGAGACACAUGUUCAUUAUGUUGA